AUGAGCGAACAAUGGUCACAGGGCGACGACAAAAGCACAACCCUCGCUGAUUUCUUCUCGAGUGUAUCCGAUGACAUGGUCGAGUUCACACCCCUCUACUUCGUAGUCGAUGGUUCCAUCCCUAUCCCUAUCCCUAUCCCUACCCCGAGUCCGCUGUCUUCCGUGUUUCAGCCGACCCUCUUCCGCCCUGAUUCAGGACUCAGGAGUCGAAUGAACAAGCCCGUUGAUACCAUGACAGUCAAGAGCCAAGGCUCCCGUCCCAUCUUCAGGGCGCCUGAUUACUCCCGGACACAGACAUGGUCAUCGACUGACUCACCUCACCGGGUGGCUUUGUUCCAACACCCAGCUCACCUGUCCUCCUCACUAGGUGAUCCUGUCCCAUCCACAGCAGGGAAUCAUCCAGAAGCCGCCCUGCUGCGCUUGGCUCUCAAGGCCCUCCGUUUCAGGUCUCGUGGGCCCCAUCGAUGA